GCUGCUGUGAGAGAGAGAGAGAGAGAGAGAGAGCUGCGCGCAGUUGGAAAAGCAUUUUCUCUCCUCCAAAAGCUCCUCCUCUGUCGUCGGAGAGCGGAGACCGGUCACAUUUUUUUUGCUCAAUGAGAGCAAAGAGGGCACCGGAGAGGAUUUUAAUUCCAACCUGCUGCUCUGCUGCUGUUUUCUCGCCUCUGUCCAAGCAGAGGCUAAUAUGAAGACAUCAUUGGGCAAACCAGACCCCGGAAAGCACCUACAAUCCUUUCAACUCAUUUGAAAACCGAAGACAACGCCAUGCACCGUCUCCGGUAAAAACCUGCUCCCCACUCUCCCCUCUUCCUACCCAGCCAUCGAGAGUGAGGACGCCGACGAGCUGCACAGACCAUGGGUUCAGAUCGACCCUGCAUGGAUUCGCUAGAGAGAAGGCCCGCGUCGGGCGCUGCCUGUAAGCGGCAGGCCCACCGGUGUCUGCGAAAAAAACUGAGGCCGGUGCGAAUCUUGGGGUUCGCGCUCAGCCUGGUGGCCAUAAGUGCCGUCUCCUUCAGUGCCUUGACCUGGAGCUCGGGGGGUUUCAGUGAGCCGGUGCUCCCCCAGGAGAGUCUCCACCAGUCGGCCCCCCACAGGACUCUACUUUUCACCCAACACCAGAGGGACCCUAAUGUCUCAGCCGACAUGCCAAUAGCCAUGAAAUCUACUGCAGAUAGCAACGAGACCCACGGCGCUUACCCGCCAGACCUUUUCACCCUCGAGGAGAGGCGCAAAGGAGCAGUGUGCCUCCACAUGUUCGGCAUGAUCUACAUGUUCAUCGCCUUAGCCAUAGUGUGCGACGAGUUCUUCGUCCCAGCGCUGACGGUCAUCACGGAGAAGCUGACCAUCUCGGACGACGUUGCGGGCGCCACCUUCAUGGCGGCGGGCGGCUCAGCCCCGGAGCUCUUCACCUCCAUCAUCGGCGUCUUCAUCUCCCACAGCAACGUGGGCAUCGGGACCAUCGUGGGCUCGGCCGUCUUCAACAUCCUCUUCGUGAUCGGGAUGUGCGCCAUCUUCUCCAGGGAGAUCCUCAACCUGACGUGGUGGCCGCUCUUCCGCGACGUCUCCUUCUACAUCCUGGACCUGAUCAUGCUCAUCAUCUUCUUCCUGGAUAACAUCAUCUCCGUGUGGGAAAGUAUCACGCUGCUGUCAGCCUACGCCGCCUACGUGAUCUUCAUGAAGUGCAACAGCACAGUCGAGAGAUUCGCCAAAAGUUGCAUGAACAAGAACCAAGUGGUAGAAGUAGAAGUGCAACCCAAGGAUGAGAAGGCGAUUCCUGGGACGCCAGAAGAUGAGAGCAAGUUGUCGGCCAGGCCUCGGCUUCAGAGGGGGGGUAGUUCCGCCUCCCUGCACAACAGCUUGAUGAGGAACAGCAUUUUCCAGCUGAUGAUUCACACGUUGGACCCUUUAAGUGAAGAAUUUGCUGACUCUGAGCUUGGGACUUAUGGGAAACUAAAAUAUUAUCACUCAAUGACUGAGGAAGGUAAAUUUCGAGAGAAGGCGUCCAUCCUUCACAAGAUCGCUAAAAAGAAAUGCCAAGUGGAGGACAGUGAGAAGGCCAAUGGAGUAGCAAGCCGUUCAGAUAAGAACCUUCCGAAUAGCUCCAGCGUGGAAGUGGAAGUGACGCCACCCAUGAACGGAACAGCAGGUCAAGAGGGGGAGACGGCCGAGGACGAGGAGGAGGAGGAUCAGCCUCUGAGCCUGUCCUGGCCCGACACCAACCGCAAGCGCCUAACCUACCUCUUAAUUAUACCUAUCGUCCUCCCCCUGUGGCUAACGCUGCCUGACGUCAGGAAGGCGACGGCAAAGAAGUUCUUCCCCGUCACCUUCCUGGGUGCCAUCGCCUGGAUCGCAUGCUUCUCCUACCUAAUGGUGUGGUGGGCUCACCAGGUUGGAGAGACCAUUGGGAUUACAGAGGAGAUUAUGGGCUUGACUAUAUUAGCAGCUGGAACCUCCAUCCCUGACCUCAUCACCAGUGUUAUUGUGGCACGCAAGGGGCUGGGUGAUAUGGCUGUAUCCAGCUCCGUAGGCUCCAACAUCUUCGACAUUACUGUCGGACUGCCGUUCCCCUGGCUCAUGUGGUCCCUCUUCAGCGACAUGAAACCGGUGCAAGUCAGCUCCAACGGCCUCUUCUGUGCCAUCGUGCUCCUCUUCAUCAUGCUCCUCUUCGUCAUCAUCUCCAUCGCCGCCUGCAAGUGGCGCAUGAGCAAGCUGCUCGGCUUCAUCAUGUUCAUGCUGUAUUUCGUCUUCCUGGUGGUCAGCGUCAUGCUGGAGGACAAGGUCAUUACCUGUCCGGUGUCCGUCUGAGGCCCCUCCGAGGACCCGCUCUCCUCUCCCUCGUCACCGUCACAACCACCGCCGACACAACCAUCCUUCUUGCCAUUGCUCUCACCUGACCCUUGUGAUUCUUUACCCCAGGAAUAAAAGAAGAAUAAGGAGGACUGGACAAGAGAAUAACAUAAAAAUAUGAAAAAAUUAUAUUUUCAGUCAGCAAGUGGUGGAGGGGAGAGGUUAAACCAACAAGGGCACAAGACUUUGGCUUGGCUGGUUUAGCAUAGGCCUAACCUGAGUGGAUUUUUAUUUAUUAUUAUUAUUAUUAUUAUUAUUAUUAUUUAAUUGGCAGGUGAGGGGGGGGGGGGGUUAUGGGUGUAUCAGCCAAAUAUAGAAGCAUUAUGCAUGCCAUUAGUGUCACUAGACGAGCUGGAAUCAAGACCACGCCUGGUAGGUUGAGGAGAUUGACCUCCUGUGAACUUUAGGGAAAAAAAAACAAGACAUGCGCUGUAUUUCAUAAUAAAUGCAGUGGCUGAGCUGAAAUUGUGAGCAUAUUUGAACACACAUAUGUCAACAGACUAAGACGCUGUCGCCAAGAGUGGAUUUGUGGAUGAGGAAACGGCAGACUGUGCGGACGAAAACGCGUUUCCCUUCUGACGGUAUUGAGCGAAAAAGACUCUCCUGUGGGCUUUGCCACCUGAGCAACGAGGGACGAAACACUCUCGCCGGGCGGACAAACUUCUUCUUUGUUAUUUUCUUAUUUGCAAAUUCAUCAUGCGCUCAGUCUGAAUGAGGAGCUUAAGCUUCCCCUCUCCCCUGCCUGUCAUUCUUCACCACUGAAUGUCUCUUCAGAGGAUUCUUCUUUUUUUUUUUAAUUUUUGGAUUCAUUUUCAUGAAAUACAUAGAAGUAGCAUUAGAUGUACUGUAGCAGUAUUAGUUCAUGUAGAGCCAUCUCGACAAUCUGCUCCUCUUUUGCCACUGAACACACGUUCUGAUUGUACAGAACUUUUCAUGCUUCACACGCACCGACUGACAAAGGCAAGAAAAAAAUGAAUUGAAGUUUAGCCUCUCAAAAUAUAUGCUAGCCUUCAAUAUCUUUCACUGGUUGAAAAAAAAAGGCAUGAGUACUUUAGGCUCAUUAAAGUUCUGUAACGAAGUCAAUGUCAAAGUAAUACAUUUGAAAAAAAACAGUGUUUAAGCGUCAUGGUUGAUUUAGAUUAGUCAAUGUGUAGUGCUUUGUUCACAGUAGAACUGGGCUCAACUCACCGGCUAGUCAAGCUCCUUGGGGUCGUAGUUUCAAAGAGUCAACUGCAUGUAAAAAUAGACACCUGGAGGUGAAUAAUACCAAUCGACAUUUAAGAAGUUGUAUACCAAAAUGUAUACUUUUCCAAACAUGUUUCAUAACUUCUUAAUGCGAACCAGUGCUCAGUCUCUAUGUAGAAAGUGUCGACAUGUAUGGUCAAUGAUAUCUAUCGAACUUGUGCAAUUUCUUUUCUAAUCAAAGGUGCUUUUGUGUGCAUGUGUGCAAUCUGCAUUUGAAGUCAUCACACAAUGACCAUUCCUCAUAUAUUUAUCUAUGACUAGAGGUUAUACUACCAGUAUUUUGCGACUAACUGCAAAGAGAAAAUAUACACCAAACUGUGUUUUAUACUGGAAAUAGAAAUCAUAAUCACAAUUUCUCCUUAAGCUACAUAGAAUGUGGAAAUCACAAAUUUAACAGCAAUAUACCGUGUGUGUCGUCGUUGAGAAUCGCAUCCCCCCCGCCCCCCACCUCCAUGCGUCUGUCCUUCCUGUCCGACGUGUUCCCAUACCCCACAAGAGAAAAAGUGGGCGACCAUUUCUCCUAAAAACUAACCCCUUUCCUGUUAGAGCUGGCCAGAAAGACCCGCUUUACCUCAACACAGCCUCUGUACAGCAGCGUAGUAACUGUAAAAUAAUAGUAAAUAGAUUCUCUGAAUGUGUGAGGAAAAAUGCAUGCGAGGAAUUUGGGCUGGUUACCCACUGACUGUACAGCUGAGCUUAGACCAACUAUAUAUGUUCACUUUUAUGCAUCCAUUCAGAAAGAAACACCAAGAACUUAUUUUACUUUGUAAAUAUACACUCCUGUGUUUUUUCUUUUUUGCAAGAACCAAAUGGUUCUCACAUGUAUUAUAUUUAUUUUCUUUUUUUGUAAUAGUGGAUGGAAAAUGAUAUGCUGAAGGCCCUUAAGUAUGAUAGUAUUAUUGAGCAAAAAGACGACUCAAGAGCAUUUAUUUUUAGACUACUCAACAUCUCAUUAGCAUAUGUUACGCUGCCUGUUCAGGUUCUGGUAAGAAAACGAAAAGGCUUUAAAUGCCAUAUUGCUUCCUCGAAUUCAACAGUAGGACUUAGUGAUGCUGCCACUGUGUUUUCUGACAUUUGGCGAAGAUAAAAAGGUAAAAGAAAACUAUGAUCCCUGUAUCAACCAAACUCAUAUGUUAAACUGUGUGCUCUCGUGUAGUAUAGCUCCUUGAACAUUUCCACAACCCAGAUUCAAAGAGUCAAUUUAAGGCCUUUAUGAUGACUCAUGUACUUUGUGAAAUUCUGCUGCACAGAGUUGCCAUUAAACUCUUCCCUCAGAGAGCGCCCACACACUCUUGUUAGCAUGAUCACUCCUCACCUUUAGUUUCUUCUCGCCCCUUCUCUUUAAAGGGGCAGUUGGACAUUUUGGCAAAUGCACUUUUUUGGCUUUCUUGCCUAGAGUUAGGUGAUAAGAUGGACGGCACUUUCAUUUCAGUGCGGUAAAUACAAAGCUAGAGCCAGCUGCUUAUCUUAUUUUAGCACAAAAACUGGAAACCAGCUAGCCUGGCUCUGUCCAAACGUAACAAAAUAUGUUGUCAAGCAACUUUCACUAACUAACACAUUAUAUCUUGUUUGUUUAAUCCAUUAAAAAAAAACAAAGUGUAAAAACGACAAGUUGUGGUUUGACAUGGGGUUAUCUGCAGGACAAACUAGCUUUUUCCAGUCUUAAUGCUAAGCUAAGCUAACCGUUUGCAUGUGGUAGCUUCAUAUUUACCAUAAAAACAUAUAGACUGUGGUAUCAAUCUUCUCGUCUAACUCUCGGCAAGAAAGCGAAUAUGCUUAUUUCUAAAAAUGUUGAACUAUUGCUUUAAUAGGUCAAGAGAUCAUUUGCUACCGCUGCGCUCACAUGAGCAUAUUAUUCCUGUGCACUUCCAUCGCGAAAACCCCUCCUGUCAAGACAACAAUUAUGUUGUUCUUUCUCCAAAGUUCCCAUGGUGUUUUAAUGUGAGAGCAUGGAUGGUGAGAGGAAAAACAAAAAAGGAAAAAAAAUCAAAAGGCAAACCGGUUUAGCAUGUGAGCUUGGCAAUGAUUGUGGUUUACCAGGGUAAGCGACCGUGAAAGUUGACCACUAAUGAACAUUCUUGCACUGUAAAUGUUUUAUUUUCUUGGUGUUAAUGUAAGAUUUAUUUAAGGUGUACAUAUAUACAGAUACAAAUUAACCAUAUAAUCUAUAUGUGUAAAAGAAAUAUGUCUCUUUAUGUAAAAACACAAAGUAUAUAAUAAAACAAAUAAAGAUGAUAAUUCAAAUAUGCAA